GCACCUCUCCCAUUCAUCGCCCGUCUCGCUUGCUCCCUCCUCCUCCUCAAGCUCAAGAGGCAGCAACCCUCGCCGGCGCUCAUCUCAGCUCGGUCACCGGGACGACGUCGUAGUCGGCCGGCCAUGGCGACGGCGCUGCUGUCGCGGCUGGCGCAGGAGGUGGACCCGUGGGCGCCGGGGUUCUGGCGGGACUUCGGGAUGGGCAUGCUGAAGCCGCUGGCGGCGACGGCGGCGGUGGCGAUGGCGGUGGCGCUGAGCUACACGCAGCGGCUGGGGGUGGAGGCGGAGAUGCUCUACGCCAUCGCGCGCUCCUUCCUGCAGCUCUCGGUCAUCGGCUUCGUGCUCCACUUCAUCUUCACCCAGAGCAGCCCGCUCUGGAUCCUGCUCGCCUACCUCUUCAUGGUCACCGUCGCCGGGUACACGGCGGGGCGCCGCGCCCGCCGGGUCCCGCGCGGCGGGUACAUCGCCGGCGUCUCCAUCCUCGCCGGCACCGCCGUCACCAUGUUCCUCCUCGUGCUGCUCAGCGUGUUCCCCUUCACGCCCCGCUACAUCAUCCCCGUCGCCGGCAUGAUGGUCGGCAACGCCAUGACCGUCACCGGCGUCACCAUGAAGAAGCUCCACGAGGACGUCAAGGCCCAGAGGAGCCUCGUGGAGACGGCGCUGGCGCUGGGGGCGACGCCGAGGCAGGCGACGGUGCAGCAGGUGCGGCGGUCGCUGGUGAUCGCGCUGUCGCCGGUGAUCGACAGCGCCAAGACGGUGGGGCUGAUCGCGCUGCCGGGGGCCAUGACGGGGCUCAUCAUGGGCGGCGCGUCGCCGCUGGAGGCCAUCCAGCUGCAGAUCGUGGUGAUGAACAUGCUCAUGGGGGCCUCCACCGUCAGCAGCAUCCUCUCCACUUACCUCUGCUGGCCGGCAUUCUUCACCAAGGCGUUCCAGAUCGACGACGCCGUCUUCGCCGAUUGAACAGCCGCCAUGGCCGGACAAGCAAACGGCUGCUCUGUUUCUCGUGUGAUGACAAUGACAAAUAACUCUUGUUUUUCUGCACCUCAAAAGUCGUUUUGGGCUGAGGCCGCGUGUUUUCAUGCGGAAUUUCGUCCGUCGAUUCUGGGCAUGUGCAUGAGAAGUAGAGUCUUACUCCUAUUUCCUUGUUUGGUUUAUGAUGGGAAUUAGCAUGGGAUGAAACUCUAUCCACGAAUUAACAGGGUAUCCCUGGGAAGAAAACGGUGGGAGUUGGCUUCCUCAACUUCCAUUUCCCUUCCCACUUAAACUUCCGUUACAGCGUGUUUGGUAACUUUUGGGAUGGGGAAUAGGAAUUUAGAGGAGGGAGUUGUAACGAAAUUAGACAUGAGAAAUGUGAUUUUAUUCCUAAUCUCUUGUUUGG